AUGCUUCAGUAUGGUAUGGCUCCCAGUCCUCAGGACGAUAAGUGGGUGGGCUUCGGUAGGGGGCCUAGGUGUGCCAACCGUGGGUCGUCGAGGUUAACAGGGAUAGGCUCUGGCGAAGCUCCGAGAUACGGUGCCUGCAAUCUUUGUAGAUCUCGGUUGGGAUAUAGGGCUUAUCCUUCGGUGGGGAAAUGUGAAGAAGCUGCGAUUUGGUCGUCUCUAGAUAAAGGUGGCCUUUGCCCUUGUCGAGCCUGGACUGGAUUGGGGCGCUAA